UCGGCUCGCUCGCUCUCUUUUGUGUGUGGCAAUCCCACUUGUUGACAUUGAAUAAGUUUGUCCAUAUUUGUCCGUCUCUCGGAAAGAAAGCUGCGCGUUGUCCGCGAUCUGCAGCCGUUCGCCAGCAUGCCGAUUUCGUGACUUUUCCGGCCCUCGAGCGGCGGAAAAGUGCGUCGGACGUCGACGAAGACCGAGAAACGAGCGUGGGAACUUUUCGGACGAGAGCGACUUGGCCCUGUCAGCGAACAUGCACCUUUGAAAAAUGCAACGGAACGUAACGUUGGAGAAGGUGAUUGGUCUGACAGCCAAAGGCAACGCAGCCCUAGCAUGCGACCCAAACAACGACCUGGUUGCCUAUCCGGCAGGGUGCACCGUGGUGCUUUUGAACACGAGGAAGGGCCACCAGAGCCACCUGCUCAACACCUCUCGCAAGACGGUCGUCUGCCUGGCGUACUCGCCAGACGGCAAGUACCUCGUGACCGGAGAAUGCGGACACCAGCCAGCCCUGAGGGUAUGGGACAUGUCCCAGACCACUUACGUGCCGGUGGCUGAGUUGAUGGGCCAUAAAUAUGGAGUGAAUUGCGCGGCCUUUUCACCCAACAUGCGAUACAUUGUGUCCGUCGGAACCCAGCAUGACAUGAUCGUCAACGUCUGGGACUGGAAAGUCGGAGUCAAAGUUGCAAGCAAUAAAGUCAGUGCCAAAGUUAAAGCUGUAGCGUUUUCCGAAAACGGCAGUUAUUUUGUUACUGUGGGCAAUAGGAACGUAAAGUUCUGGUACUUGGAGCACUCAAGAUUUACAAAAUACAAAGAAGCAGUGCCAUUGAUGGGUCGAUCUGCAAUUCUGGGAGAACAGAGAAACAACUAUUUCAACGACGUUGCGUGCGGGAAAGGCGCCGUUGGUGAUUACACGUUUGCCAUCACAAAGUCGGGCCUGCUCUGCGAGUUCAACAAUAGAAGACUGUUAGACAAGUGGGUGGAUUUGAAGACUGCUGGCGCACAUUGCCUCUCCGUGGGGCAGGACAUAAUUGUGGUUGGCUGCAACGAUGGAAUUGUCCGAUGUUUUCACCCUCAAUCGCUGCAAUUUGUUUCAACCCUCCCAAGGCCACACUUCAUAGGUGUAGACGUCGCACAAGCCUUGAACAUAAUGAAUGUUGCAAAUCAAGCCAAAAAUGUCACUUAUCCAGACACAAUUUCGAUCGCAUUGGACGAGAUAAACAACAAAGUGAUCAGCAUUUACAGUGACCACAGCAUCUACGUCUGGGAUGUGAAAGAUAUCAAGAGGGUCGGGAAGUCGCAUUCUUUUCUAUACCAUUCCGCCUGUAUUUGGGGAGUGGAGAUGUACCCAAGUAACGACCACAACUCUGAUAUGGCAGUGCCGCCAGGCUGUUUCAUAACCUGCUCCAGUGACAACAGCAUCAGGUUUUGGAAUGUUGAUUCCAGGAAUCAGCCAAUCAACCCGGCUUUCAGGAACAUUUACAGUGAUGAGCUAAUCAAAACGAUAUACAUCGACAACACAGUGUCUUCAAAAAGAAAGGCUGACCCAAACAAUACCAAGGAUUAUGAUGGUCAAAAUGGAGUUCGCUCUGUCCGAGUUAGUCCAGACGGCCAACAGUUGGCCUCUGGAGACAGGGAGGGCAACAUCAGAAUUUACGAUAUGAUGACGUUUGAAGAAGUCUGUCGAAUCGAAGCGCACGAUGCAGAGGUUCUAUGCCUAGAGUACAGCCCCAUAACUACAAAGAAACGGUUUCUUGCCUCAGCAUCCAGGGACAGGCUGAUACAUGUUUUUAAUGCGGACGACAAUUAUUCAUUUUUGCAAACCUUGGAUGAUCACAGUUCUUCCAUUACUGCUGUUAAAUUUUUGUGCCAAGGUAGCAGACUGUGGUUAGCAUCAUGUGGAGCUGACAAAACAAUAAUUUUCAGGCACCUUCAGCCGGGAAAUCCAGCAAUAUUUGUGAGAGAUCACAUAAUUGUUGGAAAAACAACCCUUUACGACAUGGAAGUCAAUUUACGAGACAGGCAGGUGGUGACUGCCUGUCAGGAUAGAAAUAUUAGGGUGUUUGACGUUUCUACUGGAAAGCUCAGCAAAUCCUACAAAGGCUCUUAUGCAGAAGAAGGUUCUUUAAUAAAGGUUGUGGUGGACCACUCUGGCAAAUACCUUGCUUCAAGCUGCACCGACAAAACACUGUGUCUAAUUGAUUACAACUCUGGAGAUUGUAUUUCCACCAUGCUGGGCCAUUCAGAAUUGGUCACCGGGCUCAAAUUCACUGAAGACGGCAAAUACUUAAUCUCAGCUUCUGGAGACAGCUGCCUUUUUGUGUGGAAACUACCUCAGUUCAUGGCAACUCAGCCAGAAUAUCAUCCACCACCUAAAGAGGAGUACAAUAUGGGUCAACUGUUAGGACAACUGCCACCAUGGGCUGCCAAGCAGUCAAGAAUUGAAUUCAUGUCUCUGACCAACUCGAACUCGAAGCAGAUUGAAAUGCCCAAAGGACGCUGGGCGCAAAAACUGGAUACCUCCAGCACAGGAUUGAGAAGCGUCAACAGUUUUAAUAGUGUUAUUCCGAAAGUAACUGUUGGAAGUGAUGAUGGUAAUGCUGUGGUUUUGAUAGCAGGUAAUGAGGAUACACAAAGCAUGCCUGCUGAGUAUCACUCUUUGGGCUCAGAUCCGCCAAAGCACGAUAUUGGUACUUACGAGGCGGGUGUGGAUGGAGAUGUAGAGGACUGCUCUGAUGGUGAGCCUCAACACUCAAAAGGCAAAGGGUUAGUUUACUAUCCAAACCAAGAGGACAGCAACAGCGAAUACACGAUCAGGUCUAUGGAUGUAAAUGAGUUAAUCAUGGAGAGAAAACUUCAGACUGACUAUUCUGCCACCGACUCGCCCAGCAAUUCAAAAUUCGGAAGCCCCGACAGCGACAUGGAUGACGGGGCCUCCACUCCAAGCACCAAUGAACCUGCAGACAAAAAUUUCCCUUCGCUGUUAUCGGGAAGUACGGAAAGCCUUGACAAAACUGAUUAUGAAGAUCGAUUUGUCAAAUCAAACUUUGAAUCAUUAGUCGGUCCAGAUGGACAAAGUGUAGACAAAUGGGGUGCAGGGAACAGUUUGUCCUCACAGUUCCUCACAAAGUUCAACAAUGCAAGGAACUCGGCCUUAAUUUCGGCUGCUAGGCAAACUAAAGAAGAACUCAACAGUGCCAGAAAAAGAGAAGAGCUUCAAAAAAGGAUUGAGGCAACAAGACAGAAGCUUCAAAGUGUUGGCUUCCGAGCUCCACUCACUAAUUCACAAAGCUCAAUGGAUUUGAGACGGAUAGGAGAUAAUACUAGGUUUAUUUCAAGUUUAUCUAGAGCUAAACCAAGCAAAGAAGAAAACAGUGGAGGAGGAAGCGGAGGUUUACGACGUGCCAUUUCUUUGAGCAACCUGAAUGCACCUAUCAAGCCAGCAGAAAAGAAUUCACCAAAAGGUGCUUUGGCACCUGAUUAUGGUCCUCUGAUGGACAAACUCUCCCACUGCACAUCAUAUGAAGUUCUAUACCAGGUUGAUGACCGACCUGUUCCUCCAGCACGCAGAAACUCCGUAAGCUCCCUGAACAAAUCAAAGUCUUUAUCUUCCAGUCGUAGAAAUUUCAAGAAGUUAUCGGCUUCCACAGAUAACAUUGCUCAUAUCGGAGAUGGGGGUGAUUAUUCUAGCUCUGAGGAAGCCGUCAAACACGCAAGAAAAUUGCCAAGCAGGGAAUUGAAUUCUGCCUCCCCACUUUCAUCAAGAAGUGAAGGAUUAUCUGACCGGAGGCCUAAUAGUCCCGCCACAUCAGUCACCUCUGAUAACAUCACCAAAGAAUUGUGCCUAAAAACUGUUGAUCUGCUGGAGCAGAGCGCCGAGGCAUUGGUCCAGCUGCACAAACGCAUCUUGGCAGAAGUUGGACCAAGCAAUGGCAAAGACCUUUUGCAAACCUUGAGUGCUGCUGCCGCUCAAACCCAAAAGAAGCUGCAAGCUGUAACCUCUGGAGCUGGUGGUCCCCCUGCAGAGGUUGCGCCGGCCCCUAUGCAGGGUGACAUGGUGCUCAUCAUGCAGCAGUACAGUGAUAUGCUUGUCUCGAUGGUCCAGCAGCAGAUAUCCAGCAACCCACCGUAACAUUCCAAUUUUAAAUUUUUAUUCCCAUCAAAAUUUGUAAUCGUUGCAUAUAUUAUGAAAUUUAUUUACACACAUCUUAUUGAUUAACAAAAUAUACUUACUUUUAAGCUCACUUAUACAGUACAAUACAAGUCUUUUGCAUUUCUUUGUGCCUUUCCUUAAGGUUUUAAGUGGUACAAUAAGACAAAACUAAAAAUCAG